AUGAGUGUAGAUAACUCUGAAUUAAUUUGUCGAAUUCGUAGUAUGUACGACUAUAAUGACGAUCGAAAAGCAAUAGUUGAUCUAUUACAUCGAUGUGAAUCUACGAAUGAGGCAUCUGCAUUCAAAAGUAACAGUGGUGGGUCAUCUGUUCUAUUCCAUUGCGAGUUUCCGGAUUAUCUUCGAUGCAUGGAACGAUAUCCUGAGUCUUAUUGUUUACAAAUGAUAGAUUCAAAAGAUAAUCGAGUCGUUCUCGUCUAUGUUAUGAAUUGUAAACGUGUUCAUUUCGGUCCGUACAUUAUGUCAACAGUUUUCGGUCGCUUGGGUCGUGUUGAUCCAAACCGACAACGGCAGCUGGUUGGAAUGUCUGCCUAUCCACAUGUCGCUCAGUUUGUUCGCCAAGGUGGAUUUGAUUAUGGUCAAAACCAUACCAUGGUCACGAAUGUUGCUUCAAUACAGUGA